UCAAGUAUUUCUAAUAUACAUAUAUUUAUAACAUGUUGAUCAGAAUGAAUAUUUAAAUACCAUGAUGUAAUUAGAAGUGCUGCCGAAAUAAUAAAUAUUAAAGUUAACAAUAUUCAGAAAAUAAACUUACAUUUGUGUAAUACCGGCUGCAGGCUAUCAAGAGCGAUCACGCAUCCGUGGCAGCGGCAGUUAGAGGAUAAAAGAUCCAAUGUAAUAAAACACGAAUAGUACACGAUGGAUGCAAAUCAUUUCGAAAAGCUUAUAUUUCAAGCUCGCCAGCUUGAUGUAAAUCUCGAAAACUUAGCUGAAACGUGGAAACGACCUGAUGUUUCUAUUGGGCGAUUUGGGGAUCGUAGUGAAGAAACAGAUGUUGAGAUUGCAGCUUUAUGGAAGAAAAUAGAAUUUAUACAGGAAGGAAUAAUUCAAACUAAAUUAAAAAUAGAUAAGCAUGUAGAAGAUGUAUCUAUAGAACGAGUUUUUGAAAAAACCAAAACGGAAUAUGAAUCAUUAAAGGAACAAUGUGAUAAUAUAGAACUUAUUUUUGAGAAAUAUGGUUACCAUUAUAAUGAGGAAAAUAAUUUAGACCAAAAUACAGCAAAUAGUACAGAAAUGUCUGAUCUGGAGUCUUCUAAAGAAAUAACAGAAAUUUCUGAAGUAGAAUUUACACCAAAUCUCAGUUGGAAAGAGAAAGUAACAUAUAAGAAGCAUAUAAAUUCAAUAUUUAAUGAGAGUGGCAUACCACAUUUGGUUACAACACCAAUAACGAAAAAUUCAACAUCGAUUUUAAAAGACACUUCUAUAAUACAGAAUGAUCUCUUAUAUACACCAAUCAAGCAUACACCAGUUAGAGAACGCCCACCAGAACCAAUUUAUUCUAGACAUUUUUAUAAUUCAUUAAAACAAUGAAUUGUAAAGUUUUAUAUUUUAGAAAAUGUAUUUUUAAAGUUGUACAGCCUAUAUGGAUAGGGUAAAAGGAUUUAUAUAUUUGUAUAAAAAAUUAUGAAUAUAUUUUUGUUUUCAGAUCAUGUCAUGAUUAACA